GCGAUUUUUCGUCAUGGAUGAGUUUACUUUCCUCCCAUCAGUCGAUUAAUCUUUUUUGUACUGUCAACUUUGACCCACCGCACGAGGGCCACCAUCCGAGCCUGCAACGAAAUGUGCUCCAGGCUGCAAUAGUACAAUUGACGUUACCCGAGGGUGGGAUUCCGCAGGUUUCAGCAGCCCUGAGUGGCAAUGGCGACGCCGGCGGCGACUUACACGAUGGCCUCUGACAGAGACGACGGCCGGCGUGAGCAGCGGGCGGCAGACCGCCUCCCCCCGCUGAUCCGCUCGAGAGAAACUGGUGAGGUGAUGCCAGAGGCGCGUCCCCUCGGUUCAGCCCAGCCCGUAAAGGCUUUGGCGUUUGCAAAAUCGUGGCACCACAUGGUAGCCGGAGCUGUCGGCGGAAUGACGGCCGCCGCCCUGACCGCGCCCCUCGACGUCCUCAAGACCCGCCUCCAGUCAGACUUCUACCAAGCACAGCUCCGGGCCGCGCGGCAAGCCCACGCCAACAUGAACCCGGUGCGCGCCGGCAUGUACCACCUGACCGAGACGAUACAGAUCCUGUCGUCGGUCCCGAAACAAGAAGGCUGGCGGGCGCUGUUCAAGGGCCUGGGCCCCAACCUGGUGGGCGUGAUCCCCGCGAGGUCAAUCAACUUCUACGUGUACGGCAACGGCAAGCGGCUGGUCUCGGAGUACCUGAACCACGGGCAGGAGGCGCCCUGGGUGCACCUGACGGCGGCCAUCGCGGCGGGCGUGGCGACGGGCACGGCGACGAACCCGAUCUGGCUGAUCAAGACGCGGCUGCAGCUGGACAAGAACGUGGCCGAGCAGGCGGGCGGCGCCGCCAAGAGGCAGUACAAGAACAGCCUGGACUGCAUACGGCAGGUCUUCCGCACCGAGGGCCCGCGCGGGUUCUUCAAGGGCCUCAGCGCCAGCUACCUGGGCGUCACCGAGUCGACGCUGCAGUGGGUGCUGUACGAGCGCCUCAAGAAGGGGCUCAAGCACCGCGAGGAGAGGCUCGUCGCCAGCGGGCGCGAGUGGUCCUGGUGGGAUCACUUCGUCGACUACACGGGCAAGGCGGGCGCGGCCGGCGGGGCAAAGCUCUUCGCGGCCGUGAUAGCGUAUCCGCAUGAGGUUGCGAGGACGCGGUUACGACAGGCGCCCACGGCAGACGGGCGGCCGAAAUACACGGGCUUGAUGCAGUGCUUCAAGCGCGUGUGGUUGGAAGAAGGCCUGGUCGGCCUCUACGGCGGGCUGACGCCGCACCUCAUGCGGACGGUGCCGAGUGCUGCCAUCAUGUUUGGCAUGUACGAGGUCAUCCUCCGGCUCCUGGACACACCCUCUUGAGGAGCCCCAACGCCUCUUCAGACCACUGCCUCGGCGCAUAUCUCAUCAUAUCUCGUCGCGCAGAGACACAGCGCAGCAACUGCGCCACAGCCAAAAAGGAAGGACGGCGGCAACCACAUAGGAGGAGGACAAUGUAAGAUCUACAAGGCAUGAUGGAUGCACGAUUAGAAUCUGAGAAUCUCCCCGCCCCCCACACCCCCACCCUCGCCACAAGCAGGGUCGACACGCUACUCAAUUCUUUCUCUUUCCGAGGCUCCUUGUUUCCGGGUUCGACGGGGUCGAACGCACCCUGUCAUUGUACCUACCUACCCAACCCACCCCCUCGUGUCAGCUCAUUCUGCAUAUAGCCGGACGGAGCCUUGGUUGUACCAUAUCUAGAGGAGGCGCAUAGAAUAGCAAGAUCAUGGCCCAUUGAGCCUGUUUGGCGUUGAGCCGGGGGGCCUGAACAAAAGUAUAGGAUAUAUACAACAAUAUAAGAAUACCCAAUGCCGACCGAGGCGACAACCGCUCGCCUCAUUGACGGUGGUCCUCGAGUGGAGGCCUGCACCAAGUGAAGCCUGAACCUCAGGGAUGAUGGUUGAUAUUCUUCAAAACGAGCACUGCGGUCAAAGUUUUUGAUACCAAACCAGCCGCACAGAUGCUGGCCGCCGGCCCGUCGCUGCUGCGACAAGGAGCCCGUGCGAGCCGUACUUGUUUCUUCAGGGGCGAGGUACCAAGUGGUUAGGACGUCAUCCCAUCUUCAAUGCGCCCGGGCUGCAGGUGACUGUGCGUGGCGUUCCUGACAGCUCUGGGCCGGCUGGGCGAACGGGCACUGGAAAUAAAUAAAUGUAGUCUAUUUACUUAUUUUACGCAUGGACCGUGGGCCGCCGUUGAUCGCCACCGGCAUGGUGUCGACACGUCUUGAACUACUUGGCCCUCGGCGGAUGGGUGUGGCGAUUGUGGG